AUGGCGGCGUCAACGUCAACACCAUACGACAUACUUGGAGCAAAAAAAACUGAUAAUGAUUAUCAAUUACGUCAAGCAUAUCGUGCACGAAUCCGUGAAUAUAAAAAAGAUCGACUUCGAACUCCUGCAAAUCGUAAAAUUACACCUGAAAAAUUUCGACUUAUUUGUCGAGCUUAUGAAACAUUAUCUGAUCAUGAUAAACGUAAAGAAUAUCAUCCAGAUGGACCAUGGUUGCAACAUAUACCUUUAGACAAAUAUACAUUACAACAAUUAGCUGCUGAACCUGAACUUACAAAACAAUUAAAAAUUCGUUUACAAAAUGCUACACUAAGAGACAUAGAUGCCCAAGAUCCACACAAAGGACAUACAGCACUCUAUUGUGCAGCACGUGCUUGCAAUGUAGAAGCUGUCAAUUAUUUAACAGAACAAGGGGCUGAACCUGAUCGAAAACAAUGGGGAGGAAGUACAGCUCUACAUGUAAGUGCUUUUUAUGGACAUCCAGAAAUAGUCCGUUGUUUAUUGGAAUGUGGAGCUGAUUAUCGAAUAAAAAAUGAUGGUAAUAAUACGGCCGAAUAUGAAUCUUAUAAUGAUAAUGUAAGACAAAUGUUUACUGAUUUGAAAACUACACCUUUUGUACAAGCAGCUGCAGAUCAACUUGACUGGUUUAAAACUAAUAUUAGUAAUAUCACACAACAUAUUGAUGAACAAUAUCAUGUGCAACGACAAACAUUACUUCAUUGUGCUAGUAAAAAAGGUUAUAUGGAUCUCGUUCGUUGGUUAGUCGAAAAACGUUCAGCCAAUUUAGACAUUGUUGAUAUUAAUUUAAAUUCAGCUUUACAUCUUGCUGCUUAUGGCGGACAUAAAUCAGUUGUUGAAUAUCUUCUCAAUCGAGGUGCUAAUCCACUUUUACUAAAUAAAUGGUGUAUGACAGCUGAACAAGAAGGUUUUAUUCAUGGUAAAACGAUUACAGAUCUAUUUCAAUCGAUGCGUGAACAAGACAUGUUUGAGAUAGCUGUUAAGGGUAUCGAUUGGUGGUUUGAAUACUAUUUUGGUAAUAAAUCACCGAAUAAAGCUAAUGAUAAAGGUAUAAAUUUAUUGUAUCUUGCAUGUCGUUAUGGCCGAACAUCAGUUGCAAAAUGGCUUUUAGAUAAAGGAGCUAAUGUUAAUAUAAAACUUUUAGACAAAUCCGAAAGUACACCAUUACAUGGUGCUGUCUAUAAUGGACAUGUUUCAACAGUUGACUUAUUAUUAAGUUAUGGAGCUGAUGUAAAUAUAAAAAAUAAAUAUGGUUCGACUCCUAUUGAUGAUGCACGAACUGAUGAAAUGAAACAAAUUUUAAAACGAUAUCGAGCUAAUCUAGAUGGAAAUAAAUUUUUUUCUGUACAUUUAUUUGGUGAUGGUGCAAAGUCUGGUGA